CAGCAUUUCCGGUGAAUGCGCCAAACCGAGCUACUGUUUAUCGUGGAAGAAACGCUGUUUAAGGAUAAUUCCGCGUAGCAGUGGUGGAGAGUUACACUACCUGCCGCUGAAAAACAAGCAGGUCGUCUUCUGACCUGAGCACUGGUGUGAGUGUGUGUGUGUGUGUGUGUGUGUGUGUGUGAGUGAGUGAGUGUGUGUGUGUGUGUGUGUGUGUGUGUGUGUGUGAAACCAUGGUGGAAUACUACCAGAUAUUAGGAGUGCAGAAAGACGCCAGUCCGGAUGACAUUAAGAAAGCGUACAGAAAACUCGCCUUGAAGUGGCAUCCCGAUAAAAACCCCGACAACAAGGACGAGGCGGAGAGGAAGUUUAAGGAAAUCUCCGAGGCGUAUGAAGUCCUUUCAGACGCCAGCAAGCGGAGUAUUUACGAUCAGUAUGGUAAAGAAGGCCUGUCAGGAGGCGGAGGAGGAGGACGCUAUCAUAACGGCGAUCCCUUCGAAGGCUUCACGUUCCGCAGUCCAGAUGAGGUCUUCAGGGAUUUUUUCGGUGGUCGCGACCCUUUUGCUGAUUUCUUUGGAGACGGUCUGUUCGGAGACGAUUUCUUCGGCGGCGGUCGACGGCCGCAGCAUCGCGGGAUGAGCCGGAGCCGAACAGGCGGCUCGUUCUUCUCUAGCGGGUUUGGAGGAUUCGGGGGUUUCGGCAGCGUUCCGUCUUUCGGACCGGCAUUUUCUUCUUUUGAUGGAGGUUUCAGCUCUUUUGGUCACAUGGGGCCGAUGGGGCAGUUGGGGCCGAUGGGGCAGAUGGGGCAGAUGGGGCAGAUGGGACAGAUGGGUGGAGGAGGAUUCACGUCCUUCUCCUCCAGCUCGUUUGGAGGUGGAGGUGGAGGAGGAGGAGGCGGCAGCGGGAUGGGGAACUUCCGCUCCGUGUCCACGUCCACCAAAUUCGUUAACGGCAGAAAAAUCACCACAAAAAGAAUCGUAGAGAACGGACAGGAGCGAGUCGAAGUCGAGGAGGACGGGCAGUUAAGGUCUCUAACUAUAAAUGGGCAGGCCCUUGACUUGGGCCUAGGGGCGGAGCGUAAACAGAACAAGUCACUUCCUGUCUCCUCCUCCGACUCCGCCCACUCCAACUCCUCCCACUCUCAGUCAUCCCAGAGAGAGCGACAACCAACAACAGAGCAAAAUGGAAUGAAAAGGAAAAGACCACCGCUGAAGAGCGAAACAAAAAAGUCCAGAGAGUCGUGAAAUAUUUCCAAAACGAGCGACGAGGUCUGUGGCGGUCGCGAGCGUUAUAGCGUGGACUCGGCGUCAUGGUGGAAGGACGAAUGGUUCAGUGUUUUUUGUAGAAGUUAAAAAUAACUUUUUGAAUUAUGACUAAAACUUGGUAUCGGAUUGUUUUUGUGCUGUGAGAAAGUUUUGUUGUUGAAUCUACUUAACGAUUAAAGACAGCUUGAUGAAUAAUUACCAAAAUAGAUGUUGUAGCUAGAAAAAGCCGUCAAUUAGAGAUGUUUGCGAUUGUUUGUGGGUUUUUUUUGUUUGUUUGUUUGUUUGUUUGUUUGUUUGUUUAUCCUAAUUCCACGCACUCCUGUAGUUAAUGUUUGUGUGCACCCGUCUGUAAUAUUUCCUAAUAAACUUUAGUCGGUUCUGUUUCCCACACUACGAUAAAA